UUGUCACAAGUGAGUCAACUCUUAGCGCCGUCCUUGGAGUUUGGAGACACAUUUGCAGCGCUGUUCAAACCUGGUUUUGGUGGAAUUCUUUAGAUUUCACCUUUUUUGGGGGGGGGCUCUGAAUUUCCUCAUAAUUCUCCAACUAACUUUUACCGCUGUAAUAUUCAAGAGACGUUCCACUGCUGUGCAAAUAUUAGUUAUCCAAGAUAGCGCGAAAUAACGCACAAGGGCUCUCCAACCGAAUCGUGGAUGUCUGUAGCGGUUAUGACAGCUAAAACCGAACUGUCCGGCUGGCCAGACUUCUCAGCUGAGGACUUCCCCCUGUUAGAACAGUCGAAACUGGGACAUCUCGGAUCCAGAACCUGGGUAAAAUCUUCUGGAGGAGGACAGUCUCCAUACUCACCAAGAGAUACGGGCCAUUACGCACACAACGGCUCCAUGGAUCUCUCACUGGAGAAACUCAUGUCGGUGAGUAAACUAGCCGACAGUGGUGUCAGGAUAGAGAUGGACCUGGAUACAGUACAGGCGGACCAGGGAGAAGGAGGUAACCGUAAGCAGAAACGCCGGCGCGUCGCAGCUAACGCCCGGGAGAGGCGAAGGAUGCACGGGCUGAACAAGGCGUUUGACACGUUGCGGAGCGUGAUCCCGUCCAACAAUAAUAAAUUGUCUAAGUAUGAUACUCUCCAGAUGGCUCAGAUCUACAUCCAGGAGCUUUCGGAGCUGCUCACCGGGGUGGUGAAGCCAGAGGGCCUGGGAGGGUCGCGGAGUGGAUGCACCUCUCCCCUGGGGUCUUUCUCUCCAGAGCCCCGGGAGUGCGGUGGCAGGAUGACUGGGAUCAGCUCAAGCCUGCAGGACUCCACCUCCCCGCUGCCUCAGAACAGGAGACUGAUCGGAGAUCAGGAGAACACUGGCCCCGUUGGUCACCUCAUCAUUCUGUCUGCGCCUAAAUCUGAUCUAGGAUCGGGGAAUAAGAGGGUCUCUAACACAUCUAACGGGAGUGAUGGAGAGUCGUCGCAUUACAGUGAUUUUGAGGACGGGCAGGCCGGCAGACAGUGCUAAUUUUAGAGACUGAACGACACAACAGGAACUCUUAUGGGAGACGUUUUAAUAUGGAUUGUUUAAUAUUUGAUAUAAACUGUCUGUGUUUUCGAAUACAUAAUUACGGACACCAAAUGGUUUAGAUUGAGUCCACUACAUUUAGUCAAGAACACAUUGGUCUCAUCUUGUCAUAUGUAUUAGAUAUGGACACCAUGUUCAACUCCCGUCAGUUCAAUAAGUACACUGAAAUUAAAAUGAAAAUCUCUUCAAUGGCUUGCCAAUGGGAAAAAAAUGUGGAAUCUGAAUGUAUCCUAAACUUUGCUUGUCGGCCAUCUUGAAAAGUUCUGGGUUAGAUUGAGAUGGUAGUCUAGGCUACAUUUAGACAAGAACUCGAAUAUCCCAGUGAGCAAAAAAUAUGUCCCUUUUUAUUAAAAAACAAAAACAAAUUGCAGUAAAAGGUGGUGUUUUGGGAGGCAGUAGUUGCAGACAAACUGCAGUUAAACUACACUUAUUAUUUCAAAUAAGGGUUUGAAAACGAGCCUUCUACUCAUAGGGACGUAUUUCUUUUUAAAUAUCGACGCUGAUAAAUAAAAAAAGAGGUAGCCCACUGUGUGAUAUUGUAGACUGUAUUACGUAUUUAAACAAGGCCUUGUUGUAGACUUCUCAUAGGGCUUUUCUUUUUAAAUAUCGACGCUGAUAAAUAAAAAAAGAGGUAGCCCACUGUGUGAUAUUGUAGACUGUAUUGCGUAUUUAAACAAGGCCUUGUAGUAUGCCUGCAGGACUCCACCUCCCCGCUGCCUCAGAACAGGAGACUGAUCGGAGAUCAGGAGAACACUGGCCCCGUUGGUCACCUCAUCAUUCUGUCUGCGCCUGAAUCUGAUCUAGGAUCGGGGAAUAAGAGGGUCUCUAAACACAUGACUUCUCAUAGGGCUUUUCUUUCCUUCCUUGCACUUUAUUGACUAAAUAAGUCUGGAUCAUUUGGUUUCAAUGUCGGGCUGCAUUUAUAUCUAUUUUUUUUUUUUUAAACAUAACUACUUUGUGUAUUGUUAUUUUGUAUUCUUGCAAUAUUCGUUUUUGAUGGAAUAAAUAAAGUUUAGUAUUUGGUA